AUGGAUAUGGAGGCUCUUGUUAGCAAGCUUCGCAUAGAAGAUGAUAAUAGGAGAUCUGACAGGAGAUCCAUGAAGGCCGCUGUGAAGGCCAAUGUUGUGGAGCAUAGGAGUAGCUCCAAGAGUCAAAAGAAGAAACCUGGAAUGAGUUCCAAGUUGGGGCCUAAAGGAGGCAUUUCCAAAAAGGCUAAGUUCCAAGGAAAAUGCUUCAAUUAUGACAAGAUGGGUCACAGAGCGGCAUAUUGUAGAUUGCCAAAAAGAAAAAAGAACAAGGAGGCACAGAUGAUGGAGCACAUCACAAGAGAGGUUGAUGAUAUUGACCUAAGCGCUGUUGUCUCUGAGGAGGCAAAAGCAAUAUCGAAUCUCUGGCCCGGAAAGUUGAUAGGUCCAAUGGUUCCAUCGGCUUACUUGGAUGGUCGAAUUGACGGUGACAAAGAAACCAAGCCCCAGAACUCAGUUGUCUAUGUCUCUUUUGGAAGCAUGGUGUCCUUGACACAGAAGCAAAUGGAAGAAAUUGCGUUUGGCUUACAAGAAAGUAAUUUCCAUUUCCUUUGGGUGGUAAGAGAAUCCGAGAGAGACAAGUUGCCCAACGGGUUUAUAGACUCGGCAAAAGAAAAGGGUCUGAUUGUGGGUUGGUGCAACCAGCUAGAAAUGCUAGCUCAUGAAGCUGUAGGCUGUUUUGUUACACACUGUGGUUGGAACUCGACGCUCGAAGGGCUUAGCCUCGGCGUGCCUAUGGUUGGUAUGCCACAGUGGGCAGACCAGUUUACUGAUGCUAAGUUUGUGGAGGAGAUCUGA